AUGGUGGUUGCAAAAGGCUUCACUCAAACACCCGGUCUUGACUAUGAUCACACCUUCAGUCCUGUUGUUAAAGUUGUCACUGUUCGUGUCAUUCUCACUCUAGCAGUAAUGAAUUAUUGGCCUCUUCAUCAAUUGGAUGUCAACAAUGCAUUCUUGAAUAGGCACCUGACACAUCCUGUCUAUAUGGAACAACCUCCUUGGUUCGUUGAUCCUCGAUACCUAAAUCAUGUUUGUCGACUUCGAAAAGCUCUUUAUGGCCUCAAACAGGCCCCUCUUGCAUGGUUUCAACGAUUCAACUCAUUUUUGCUUAGUCUUGGGUUCCUUGGAAGCAAGGCAGACCCAUCUUUAUUUGUCUACCACAACACUGCUGCCACUCUAUAUAUACUUGUUUAUGUUGAUGACAUAAUUUUGACAGGGAAUAAUAAUUCUUCACUUCAAAAACUUUUGGCAAGGUUCAAAACUGAGUUUGCUAUCAAGGAUUUAGGCCAUCUAAAUUACUUUCUUGGUCUCGAGGUCCACUACACUACCAAUGGUGUCUUUAUUAGCCAGACCAAAUACGCUCAAGACAUUUUAUCUAGGGCCCGGAUGUUGGAUGCAAAACCGACAGCCACACCUCUCCAACCUCAUAUUCAAUUGACAACCACAGGAGAUCCAUUCUCUGAUCUCACUCAAUAUCGCUCUCUCGUUGGUGCACUCCAGUAUCUCACUAUAACUCGUCUUGACUUGUCCUACGCGGUAAAUUUGGUUAGUCAGUUUCUUCAAGCUCCAACAAAUGGUCACUUUCAAGUAGUUAAACGCAUCCUUCGAUAUGUCAAGGGCACCAUGUCCUAUGGCCUAUCCUUCACCCGUGGAGCUUCCCUUAAUGUUCUUGGAUACUCGGAUGCUGAUUGGGCUCGAUGUAUUGAGACUAGGCGAUCUACCUAUGGUUAUUCCAUCUUCUUAGGCAGUAAUCUCGUCUCAUGGAGAACUAGAAACAACCAAUCGUAG